GACCCAGCAAUCAUCAAAAAGACAACAACUCCAUGUGUUGCCAAAACGCCGGCGCGUAGAAAUGAUUAUCCCAUUGGUUAUCCGAUUUCUUCUCAUGGGCGUCUGACCUUCUUGUUUACUUCAAAGGUUCCUGCGCCUGCUCUGCUAUUCAACUACUACGCUGCGCCGAUCAGAACAAUCAAAACCAAAGCAUGCCCAAUUUGAAAUCUCUCAUCAUUGUUUUGGUUCUCGCGCUACUACCCGUAGCUUUAUCGGAGCCGGAAGCCAUAGAAGCUCUGCUCAGUCGUUUGGACACUAAACGGCCAUAUCAUUCAGUACAAGAAUCUGCAGCAAAAGCUGUUCUCCAGAGAUUGCUUCCGACCUAUUUAUCCAGUUUUGAAUUCAGGAUUGUUUCCAAGGAUGUUUGUGGAGGAAGAAGCUGUUUUUGGAUACAAAAUUACAAAAAGGCAAACGGGAAUAGGCCUAAGAUAAUGAUUAAAGGCACUACAGCGGUUGAAGUCACGUCCGGCUUGCACUGGUAUUUAAAAUAUUGGUGUGGUGCCCAUGUUUCAUGGGACAAGGCGGGUGGCAUUCAGGUAGCCUCCGUCCCUAAGCCAGGAUCACUACCUGUUGUAAAAGAUGAGGGUUUGAUGAUUCAACGACCUGUACCGUGGAGUUAUUAUCAAAACGUUGUCACUUCCAGUUAUUCUUAUGUUUGGUGGGAUUGGGGUAGAUGGGAAAAGGAGAUAGACUGGAUGGCUCUUCAGGGAAUUAACCUUCCUUUGGCAUUUACAGGGCAGGAAGCAAUUUGGCAAAAAGUUUUCAUGGGCUUCAAUAUUAGUAUCGAAGAGUUGAAUGAUUUCUUUGGUGGACCUGCUUUCCUUGCUUGGGCUCGCAUGGGAAAUUUACAUGGGUGGGGUGGGCCUUUAUCACAAAAUUGGUUGGAUCAACAAUUGAUUUUGCAGAAACAGAUAUUAUCUCGCAUGUUAGAGCUAGGCAUGACUCCAGUGCUGCCAUCAUUCUCUGGGAAUGUUCCAGCCACAUUGAAAAAGAUAUACCCCUCAGCAAAUAUUACGAGGCUUGGUGACUGGAACACUGUUGAUGGCAAUCCUCGUUGGUGUUGUACUUACCUUCUCGAUCCUUCGGAUUCUUUAUUUGUUGAAAUUGGGGAGGCUUUUAUAAAGCAACAAAUUAAAGAAUAUGGGGAUGUAACAGAUAUCUAUAGCUGUGAUACAUUCAAUGAGAACUUGCCACCUACUAGUGAUCCAGCUUAUAUUUCAUUAAUUGGAGCCGCUGUGUACAAAGCAAUGUCCAAGGGUGAUAAUGAUGCAGUUUGGCUAAUGCAGGGUUGGCUCUUCUCUUCAGACUCUACAUUUUGGAAGCCACCCCAGAUGAAAGCACUUCUACAUUCUGUUCCAUUUGGGAAAAUGAUAGUCCUUGAUCUAUUUGCUGAUGUCAAGCCUAUCUGGAAAACAUCUUCUCAAUUUUAUGGCACUCCUUAUGUCUGGUGUAUGCUGCAUAAUUUUGGUGGGAAUAUUGAAAUGUAUGGGAUACUAGAUGCAGUUUCCUCUGGUCCAAUUAAUGCUCGCACCAGUGAAAAUUCAACCAUGGUUGGUGUUGGCAUGUGCAUGGAAGGAAUUGAGCAAAAUCCAGUUGUUUAUGAGCUGAUGUCUGAAAUGGCUUUUCGCAAUGAAAGAGUGGAAAUUUUGGAAUGGUUGAGAACUUAUUCCCGUAGAAGGUAUGGUAAAGCAGUCCAUCAAGUUGAGGCAGCUUGGGAAAUUCUUUAUCACACAGUUUACAAUUGUACGGAUGGAAUCGCUGACCAUAACACAGAUUUCAUUGUUAAAUUUCCAGACUGGGAUCCAUCUCUGAAAUCUAGAUCUGAGAAAACAAAAGCAUAUACGAUACAUAAGCCUUUCACAUUACCUUGGAACAGAAGAUUCUUGUUUGAAGAUGCACAUUUUACUUUAUCUCAGCCACAUUUAUGGUAUUCUACUCAGGAAGUGAUUGGUGCUUUACGGCUAUUCCUUGAUGCAGGAAAUGAUCUUGCUGGAAGUUCUACCUAUAGCAGGUAUGACUUGGUUGACUUAACGCGGCAAGCACUAUCAAAGCUAGCAAACCAUGAAUAUUUGAAUGCGGUGACUGCUUUUCAACAGAAAGAUGUCAAGUCUUUAACUCUUCAUAGUGAAAAUUUUGUUCAACUCAUCCAGGAUAUUGAUGCACUUCUUGCUUCCAAUGAUAAUUUUCUACUUGGGACUUGGCUUGAAAGCGCAAAAAAGAUGGCCAAAAAUCCUAGUGAGAUGAAGCAGUAUGAGUGGAAUGCAAGAACACAAGUGACAAUGUGGUUAGAUAACACAAAAAACAAUCAGAGCAAACUUCAUGAUUAUGCAAACAAAUUUUGGAGCGGGCUACUUAGAGGCUACUACCUGCCGAGGGCUUCAACCUAUUUCAAUUAUUUGUCAAAAAGCUUGAAAGAAAAUGAGAACUUCAAGUUGGAGGAAUGGAGAGAAGAAUGGAUAUCAUUUUCGAACAAAUGGCAAGAAGAGGCGGGGUCCUACCCAGUUAAGGCUGAAGGAGAUUCCCUUGCCAUUUCUAAUGCAUUGUAUGAGAAAUAUUUCAGCUAAAAAGUUUGCAAUGGAUUCAUGAUCGUAACAUUGAUGAAUAAAAGAUGGUGUACUGCAACAAGACAUCUUAUAUGGAACCUUUAUGCUACAAUCUGGGGCAUAGAGUUGGAGCUUUUGGAUUUGGCUUUGUGCAGAAUUUGACAAAGUUCAACAAUAUUUUUAUUUUGUAAUCCAACGAUUGAAGCUCAUCUUCUCAAACACAACAUUUAGACUAUUGACUAGCAAUGUAUUUUUGAACAUUUGUUAAUGAAGAUGGAUGUAGUAGAAGGAUUACUUACUUUAGCAUUUUGCAAUAAAAUCUUUCAUUUGAAUGUCA